CCGACACCACAGUGCAAGCGCACCCCAAUCCUCCUCUUCGGCUCCGAACUGGUAGCGCUUUCCUUCUUCGGUUCUUCCUGCCAGGAGCUGUCGUCCUGCGGUGACAUUUCUCCCCCGUUAACUAAUGGGGUGCAAGGCGUGCCAGAAGCCCAAGGUGCAGUACCGGAAGGGCCUGUGGUCGCCGGAGGAGGACGAGAAGCUCCGCGACUACAUCCUCCGCUACGGCCACGGCUGCUGGAGCGCCCUCCCCGCCAAGGCCGGGCUGCAGCGCAACGGCAAGAGCUGCAGGCUGAGAUGGAUCAACUACCUGAGGCCGGGGCUGAAGCACGGCAUGCUCUCCCGGGAAGAAGAGGAAACCGUCAUGAACCUGCACGCUACACUGGGCAACAAGUGGUCUCAGAUCGCGCGGCACCUGCCGGGCCGCACUGACAAUGAGGUGAAGAACUACUGGAACUCGUACCUCAAGAAGCGAGUCGAGGGCGCGAAGGCCAGGUGCGCGGCAGUCGCGCCACCCGCGGAUUCCGACGUCCGCGGGAGCCCGAGCGCCAGCGACAACGGCCAACGUCUCAACCAGCCGGCGAGCUCCGACUCGUCCGAGCCGGUCGAGUCGUCGUCGGCCGACGACUCCAGCUGCCUCACCGUCACCGAGCCUGCGCCCGUGCUCCCCAAGGUCAUGUUCGCGGACUGGUUCGACAUGUACUACGGCACCAGCCUGGCGGCGCCGGGCCUGGACGCCGGUGUCUUCGACGUGAGCGGGCGCAGUCCGGCCCAGGGCCUGAGCCACCAGGGGUCCGUGCAGGUCGACGGGCCGGGCGGCGCAGUUGAUUCCCUGCACGGGCUCGGCGACGGCGGCAUCUGCUUGGAGUUCGACGCGACGGCGGAUCAGAUGGACGUGCAGGGACGAGGGUUCUGUGACCUGCUCUCCGUGAACGAGUUCCUUGGGAUCAAUUGGGCGUGACCUGCACGAGUUUGCGAGCGUUCUUUCAGACAGUUCGUCGCGAAGCAUUCUGUUGAUCUGUGUUCGGUAGGUGAGAGUGUAAAUUGUAUGGUUGUGCAGUUAAAUUUAGCAUGUAGUGUUGAGUACAAAUAUGUGGGUUCAUGAGGGUCGUAGUCCACUGCGCUCUGGUCUCAGAACGGUACAUACAAGAAUAACAGAAGAGGGCCAGAAUUCCAUGUUUUUUUUUGGGAAACGGUAGGAGCACCGUCGGAAUCCAAUAAGACAGAAAUAGAGUGUAUUUAAAUGAGAAAAUAAAAAAAACACCCACCACAAGUGGCGACUCGGCAGAAAAAUGUUGCAUAGCCCAUCUAUGCUAAAAAAGUAGAAAGCACAUCAUCCUUACAUGAACAGAGCUUGUCAUCGCUGAAGAAUGUCUUCCUCCAUCUGGUUUGCAACUUGGUCUAAAGACUUUGCCGUAUUUUGAAACAUGCAAUGGUUUCUUUCUUUCUAGACAUUUCACCGAGU